CUGUCAUUUUUUCCCUCUGUUCAUAUCUGACUCAUCAGUUUUUUGACAAUACAAAUCGAUAUGUCAACUGGUUGACGUAUUGGACAAAAAUAUAUCAAUUCUAUAGACAAUUGUUUUUGUUUGCACAUUUGUGUAUUACAAUAGUAUGCUAUGUAUGACUGUUUAUUUCGUAACAAAAUUUCCAUAAUACAUCACUGAUACAAGAUUUGUUGCCAAGCUAUUAAAAUUUACAAGAGUAAUAAAUUCAUCUUUAUCUUGCAAUAUUUAUGAGUCUCUUGUUCGACCUCUUUCAUGUGCAUAUCUAUUAUGCAAAGAAAUACUAACAUACUACAUAGAUAAUUUUGUCAGUUUUUGAUAUUACAGGAGAUAUCUCAAAUUUGCAUUAAUGUCGACAAUGUCUGCAUCAACAUCUAUGGACGAGCGUAUGUUAAAGGGAAUAAGAAAGGUGAUACCGAACCUGGUCAAUACCAAGUACAAAGGUCAAGAUGGUAGAAUUGGAAUUUUUGGCGGAAGUACCGAGUAUACAGGAGCACCAUAUUUUGCAGCUAUGAGUGCGUUGAGAACUGGCGCUGAUCUUGUUCACAUAUUCUGUGCAAAAGAUGCCAGCAUUCCUAUUAAAUCAUUUAGUCCAGAGCCGAUAGUUCAUCCUGUGUUGGAUCAGUAUGAUGCAAUAAAGCAUAUAAAACCUUGGCUUGAUCGGCUACAUGUUGUCCUGAUUGGACCUGGGCUUGGCAGAGAUGAAAAGAUAUUCAAAAUGAUUGUCGAAUUGGUAUCAAUUUGUCGAGAAAUGAGAAAACCACUGAUUAUCGAUGCAGAUGGCCUGUUUUUAGUUUGUCAAAAACCAGAAAUCAUAAAGGAUUAUCCAGGAGUUAUUCUGACACCCAAUGCGAUGGAGUUUAGUCGUUUAGUUAAAGCAGUACUGGACAGAUCCAUUCCGCCUACUCCUCUAGUCAAAGUUUCUGAUGUCAAGCAUGUGGCAGAAGCUCUUGGAAAGAAUGUAAUAAUUCUGCAUAAGGGAGCGAAAGAUGUGAUUGUAGAUGGUCAUAAAGGUACAGAAACUGUGUCAUGUGGAUUGGCUGGUUCUGGAAGAAGAUGCGGUGGACAGGGAGACCUCUUGGCUGGUUCUUUGACCGUCUUCUGGUGGUGGGCUAUCUCUGCAGGGACCAGCGAAUGCGCUUUGUCACCCUCGAUUGUAGCAUGUUAUGCUGCAUCAAGAUUAGUUCGAGAAUGCAAUGCAUCAGUCUUUAAAUUACGCCAAAGAGGAAUGUUGACAUCAGAUAUGUUGGAACAGAUACAGCCAGUUUUUAACAAAAUCUUUGAAACUCAUUGCAACAAAACUUAUUCAUUUAAUGGAAGAGGUCGAACUCGAAGCACUGAUUCCUGAAUAUAUUUUUGUGACAUUAUGUAUAUAAGCAAUAAAAGAACUUUAAUUAUAUAUUACAAAUUGGAAUAUAUACAUUUAAAAGUACUGAUUUCUCAGAGCGAAAUAGAUUCAAAUAUAUAUGUUAAUAUGCUGUAUAU